AUGUCCUUCGACCUAGCCCUUGUCCUCACUCCGACUGGAGGGAGAUUUGCUUCCCUACCACGUGCCUCCUCCUCUUGGGUAUUAGUCACAUCUGAUAGCUCUGCUAUAACUUCUUCCAAACAAGGUGUGACGCCUCACGACCUUAGCUCUGAUACCAACUGUGACGGACUUGAACCUUUCCAAGCUCACGUCAACUAUUCUUACUCCCUGUCUCCGCUCCAAAUGAGAACUACAGAAAAAUUCACUAAGGCUAGUCUUCAUACAUCUCUCCACACCAAGUCUACCGAAUUGAAGGAAUUCGAGCCUGCUGGUACCUCCCCUCCCCCGGCUUACAUCCCGGUGUACAUGGACAGUCGGAACUUGUUGAAUUUGUUACAGGAACACUGCAAAGACAUUUUAUGCUGCAAGCAUAUUUUUAUGAGAUUUGGUGAACUUCAUCCUGAUGUGAAUCUUAGCAAGGGAGACGAAGAUCCCGAACCAAGCAGAUUUGAGCCAGAUACCAAACCUGCACCAGAAUCUGAGCCAUCACCUCAGUUCUAUGAUGAAGUUAACACCCAUCAUUCCGCGAACAUUCCACCAUCACCUCCAUCAAAUAUUCUGCCAUCACCCCCUCUUUACCGUACUACCAGUUAUACUUCCCAGCAUUUUCAUCCACCUCCUUCAAGCAACAAAUCAGAGAAUUCUACUUAUUUGCAGCCACAUCACCAUCAACCCUACCCGCAAGAGCCUCAACAGCAUUUGCCUCAAAAUUAUCCGUCCCAAGAGCCUCAACAGCAUUUGCCUCAAAAUUAUCCGUCUCAUGAGAUUCCCUCGUACUCAUAUCUCAAUUUCCAAUCUUACCCUAGUUUUAGGGAGAGUAACCUCCCAGCAGCACCAUCUCAUUAUCCUUCCUAUCAUCAGGGCUCCGAUGCUUCCUACUCUACCUCAUCGGCUACUCAGCCGAACUACCAAGCAGCUGCUCAGUACAAUUCAGGCAACAGAAACGGGACUGUUUCAGAAGCCGUACCAACUUCUGCACAAACAUAUCAAUAUGACAGCAAUUACCAGCCACCAGCUGAGAAAAUGCAGUAG